AACCAUCGUAUCCAAGCGUUGUGCGUAAUGUCCCAUUGAGAAGAACAGCAAAAGAUGGCGAGCUCAAACAAUCCACGUAAAUUUAGCGAGAAAAUCGCUUUACAUAAUCAGAAACAGGCGGAGGAGACUGCGGCUUUCGAAGAAGUGAUGAAAGACCUAAACAUCACUAGAGCUGCACGGUUGCAGUUACAGAAGACCCAGUAUUUGCAACUAGGGCAGAAUCGUGGACAGUACUAUGGAGGCUCACUGCCCAAUGUCAAUCAGAUUGGAAAUAGCAACAUUGACCUGCCUUUUCAGAAUUCUGCUUUGGACACCAGUCGGUCGACCAGGCAUCACGGGCUGGUGGACCGUGUUUACCGAGAUCGGAACCGUAUAACCUCGCCCCAUCGCCGGCCCCUCUCUGUGGACAAACAUGGCCGCCAGAUUGACAGCUGCCCCUAUAGCUCCGUGUACCUCUCACCCCCACCGGAUACCAGUUGGAGGAGGACAAACUCUGACUCUGCACUACACCAGAACACCAUGAACCCUGUGCCCCAGGAUGCGUUUGCAGGGGGAUCACAAGAGCUACAGCCUAAACGAGUGCUGCUGCUUACAGUGCCUGGGACUGAGGAGUCUGAAUCAGAUGCAGACAAGGAUACACAGUGGGAUAACAAAAAGAAUGACUCAAGAACCAAGUCCUGCGAAGUCCCUGGGAUCAAUAUAUUUCCAUCACCAGAUCAGGAAGUGAACACGUCAUUGAUCCCGGCCACGCUCAAUACGGGAGGCUCCCUGCCUGAUCUGACCAACAUCCAGUUCCCCCCACCGCUGCCCACUCCGCUGGAUCCAGACGACAAUGUGGCGUUUCCUUCCCUUAGCUCAUCCAACAGCACAGGCAACCUGACCACCAACCUCACCCACCUCGGCAUCAGUGCUACCAGCCACGGGAUCACUACCACCUCUCAGCCUACCAUGACUGUGGCGGCCCAGCGUAGGCAGCCCACCCUGAUCCCCCUAACCCUCAAUGCAGACCCCCAGCCACAGCAGUCCCCGCAGCAGCUCUCCCCCACGCUGUCGCCCCCUCUCAACAUCCAGGCAGUGGCGAUGGAGGCCUUGACUCUGGAGCAACAGCUAUCCCAGUAUGCUUUCUUUAGCCAGCUGACAGUUCAGGCCCAGGCUCAAGUGCUCAAUGACCUGCAGCAGCAGGCCCUGCCCCAGGGCAUCAGGCUGAUCACCCUGGCCACCACCACUGCCCCAACAGCCACCCAGUCCUCCCCGGACAGCCAGAUCCAGACGCCCGCAAGCAUCAACGUCAACUCGUACCGCAAUCAGACAGGCUCUCCGGCCAAUCAGUCUCCAACCUCCCCAGUCUCCAAUCAAGGCUUCUCCCCGGGCUUCUCCCCUGGCGGCUCGCCUCAACACAUUCCGGUGGUGGGCAGUAUAUUUGGGGAUUCGUUCUACGAUCCGCAGCUAGCAUCUCGGCAGACCAAUGCUCUCUCCCACCAGCUCGAGCAGUUCAAUAUGAUUGAAAACCCCAUCAGCUCCAAUAGCCUAUACAGCCAAUGCUCCACCCUCAACUACACACAAGCAGCUAUGAUGGGUCUUACAGGGAGCAGCCUGCAUGACUCCCAGCAGUUGGGCUACAGUAGCCAUGGCAACAUCCCUAACAUCAUUCUCACAGUCACAGGUGAGUCUCCACCCAGCCUCUCUAAGGAGUUAACCAACUCACUGGCUGGUGUUGGAGAUGUCAGUUUCGAUGCGGACUCUCCCUUCCCAUUGGACGAGCUGAAGAUCGACCCUCUCACCCUGGAUGGACUGCACAUGCUCAAUGACCCCGACAUGGUUCUGGCUGACACUGCCACUGAGGACACGUUCAGGAUGGACAGGUUGUAAUGCAGAAUACUGGCUGUGGCCAACAACAAAAAAUAACCCUGGUAAGAAAGGGAAACGAGGCAUGGUGGGGGUGAAUCAUCUCCCCAGUUUCAUGGCCAUUCAGCUAUCUGAUCUCACCCUCAAGUCCUUUCAAAUAAUAUGCCAUCAAAAACCAUUGUAGAGAAGGACAUGCAAUGACUUGUUGGGUAUGGGAAGGGCAUUGCUGUCAUUUCCAAUGAGAUUGUUGGUUGGUCAGAGCUUUGCUAGCCUGCUGCGUUUUAUUUAUAUAUAUAUAUAUAUAUACACACAUACACAUAUAGUUAAAGUCGGAAGUUUACAUACACUUGGGUUGGAGUCAUUAAAACUCGUUUUUCAACCAUUCCACAAA